AUGAUGGGUACUAGUAGUUACAUGUAUCAAGCAACGAUUGCGCCGACUCGGGGACAUCCAACUCUCGGGGCCGUGAAGCCAAUCCGCCGUGGCGAUUUGGGCAUUUUCCCCGGGAAGUUCGGCCAAUCGGCCCCACCCGCGCCGCGGCCGGAGACGCCGAUAUCAGCUGCGGCCCAACUCCACUUCCCUCGAUGGUAA